UUUACUUACAGAAUGGUCUUAUUGUUGCCUGCUACCAAGGUUAUGUGGAUAUUGUAAUAGCCUUAGCACAAUGCCCUCACCUUGAUGUGAACUGGCAGGACAAUGAAGGAAACACGGCUCUAAUUACAGCUGCACAGGCAGGGCACAUAACCAUUACAAACUAUUUGUUGAACUAUUUUCCCGGGCUUGAUAUUGAGAAGAGGAAUGUGUUUGGAUACACAGCACUGAUGAAAUCUGCGAUGCAGGGCCGAACUGAAUGCGUGAAAGCCUUGAUGUUGGCAGGGGCAAAUGUUCAUGCGACUGACCCAAGUCGUGGACUGACUUCACGGGAAUGGGCUUGUUACACAGGAAGAUCAGAAUCUGCCUUCAUCAUGCGAAAGCUGAUGGACAAGCCAUGCCCGGAACAGUUUUGUGAAGAAUUUAAACCAGAAUGGCCAAAGAUGAAAGAACUUCUUGCCAAGGCUGCAGAGCCAAAAAGCUGUUUGCAGAGGAUUUCUGAGUGCAUGAGGGCAGCUGUCUCCUUCCGAUGUUUCUACGGCCCAGAAGAAGAUGGGGUCCUCGACCACAUGGUGAAGGUGACAACAAGUUUGAGCAGUCCUUUCAUUGCUCUGUCAUGCCGGACUGUGUGCCCAGGCAGCCCGCCUUCUGUGGGGAAACGCAGACUGGCUGUGCAAGAAAUCCUUAGGAAGCAGAGAGCUGAGGAGAUCCGAUCUCAGGACAAAGAUCACUUUAGCAGCUAUGAGAAGCUAUUUCAGAACUCCAGAGUGACAGUGAUCCCCAAGAAAAAGGACCGGCGAGCCAGCCUGCAGCCCAUCAGCCUGACAGUCUCCCAGGUGAACCCCGUAACCACAAGGAAAGCAAGCCUCCUGCCCCUCCACCUGCUUAGGCGGAGCAGUGUCAGGCCGGGAUUUGUCAUCCCCAAAGUCCGGAUCACCAAGGCUCCUCCACCCACCUUCCAGCCAGAAAAGGUGAGAAGGAGGAGCAGUGCAAAGGAUGAUCCCUAUUUGCAGAUUCCUAAAUGGAGAUACAAGGAGCUAAAAGAGGAGCGGAAGAAGGCAGAGGAACAGGAGAAGAAAAGAGCAGAAGAGGCUCAAAAGCAGAGGCAGGUGUCUCCUGCCAGAUGCAGGACCUGAUUUAAAGGCAGUUGCUUAGAAGGUUUAAGAGCCAUUAGUCCUGCUAUCUGAGCAAGAUAACAGGCUGAAUGCCUUUGUGCAUGCCACUGCUCACAGAGCUGAAAUACUGAAUAAUGGCCUUUAAGGUGCAGAAACAGGGCAAGGGCUAUGCCACAGUGUGUCUCAUGGUGGAGCAGGAAGGUAUUUUGAGGUGGAAGACAUACUAAGCUUAUCUGUCUGCUGUUGAUAGGAAGUUUUAAGUGGUGCAGUCCUUUUGUGGUUUCCUCUGUUUUCCAGUUCCAGGUGAAUGACUGAGAAACAGCUUGAAAAACAACAUGUGUGUGAAAGGAUCAUAUUUUGUGUUUGUUCAUUUUGUCAUGGACAAAAUUAAGGAGUCGUGCUUUUGACACUAGACAUUCCUCCCUCUCCUUGCUUAAGUAGAUGUAUUGCAAGGUUUUAUAGUAAGAAUGGCAAGUUUAAAAUAUACCACAGUGUUGGUAAUCAGUGAAAAUCCAGGUCUAUGAUCGUUUUGAAUAUACUAAGCACUUUAAUUCCAGUAAUCAAAGUUUAAGACAGGAUAGGUAUUAAACUGUACAGCUCUAUACAGUCUGUAUGGAUGCAGUUUUUAAUGCUAUUGUUUGUUCUGCUGAAUAGAAAAAAGGGCCGUGUAUGAAAUGUUUCUGUAGUUGAGGUAUUCAUAUCCUCUGCAACCAAAAAACCCCAUACACCAUGAUUUCUUUGAAGCAACAGAGAAGCUGAGGUAAUUUUUGAAUGCCACUGUCAUCUAAGAUUUGCCUCCCCCAUUAAGUUUCUCUGUAUUCUCUAUCUGUUGUCUCCUCUUUAGUCUCAGGGAAUUUUUUUGUCAUUGCAUUUAACUGUGAAAUAAGGGAGAUGGUGAGCCACAGGUGGGCUUUUUUUAGGUUGAUAUUUAAGUUCCUCUUAAAAAAAUCCACCAGGUUUAUUGUGAGCCUCUCCAUAUUAUAGCCAGGCCAGGAAAAUUACGCAGCUUCCAGAAACUGAAGCAGUUUUUCCAGGUUUUACGUCCAGUCGUAUGCUAUGAACAUCCAGUCAGAGAUGCAAUACCAGGCAGCUUGACCACUAACAUUUGGAAACCAUGGCCAGAUGUCAUUGUAAGGUUUGAUAGCACACCCCUGGGUGCCUGGAGAGGGCUAUACCUCACCCCUCUGUCUCAACACUGGGGAAACCUUCCCUAGUAUAGGAGUGCAUCUCAGAGUGGCAGUUCCCACAGGUUGCUGCAGGUUAAGGUUAAGGCCUUAUUUGGUUUUACCAGCAGUCAGUCUGAAUGGCAUGCCAAACCCUGGCUGUAAACCUGCUGCUUGCUGAAGAAAGACCACAUUCAUGAAAGCAGAGGUCAAACACAAACAGCAGGUCAUCCAGCACAUGCUCAGGCUAUGUUUUUGCUCAGGUUUUGCUCCCGUUUUCAAAAUGAAAUGUGCUGUGGUGUGUCCUCCUGAUGGUGUUGCUCUGCUGGAGCCUGGGCAGACCUCAGCUGCUGCUGUCACCAGCUUCUCCCUUCAAUUAAAGAGAGGGAAAACUUUUCCGUCCUUUACUCCCACAGCACAAAGGCUGGCUGCAGUCUCACUGAACUUGUCAUGAAACUGUGCACGUCACAGGAGAAAUAAAUUCAGUUGAUGAUUGAAAACUAGUGCCCAGAUUGGUAUUGCUAGCUAGAGUCUGCGGGGUCAGGGCUUGACAGAGGUUAUGGCAGACGUGUGAAACAAGGAUUUUUCCACACAGCCUGUUCUUUGUAUCUCUUGGUGGAGGAGCUGUGCUGGCUGGACUGCACUGCCAGGUUAGAGUUGGAGGAAUACACACCCUGCUAAUAAACCUCCCCAGCUCUGGGAAUAUAAAGAGGAUUUUAGUCUGCAGGUACAUCAGUGCUGUGCAAGGCACGGGCACUAAUUUUGUAAUGGCUUUGGUGUGACCAGAAUAUAAGCUGAAUUUAUUUCUUGGAGAGUAGGAAGACAAUCUUUUAGCUGUCUGUGGCAAAGACAUCAGGAUGGAUUUUUGAAUUGGUACUCUGAAUUGAAUGGUUUAACUAUUAAUUUUUGUUUAAUGCCAACCCAGCGUACUGAAGAUUUAGCAUUCAGAUUCAGUAUCUGAAAAGCAACCUGUGCUGCAGGUGAACACUUGAAUUCUCACUCUUGGCAUCACUUGCAGGAGACAUGCAAUUGACAGGUGCUCUCAGGGAUUAACAUACAGGAUGUUAUAACUAGGGGCUGAAAAUGAAGCCUGUUUUCUAACCCUUUGUACUUUACUGUGUAUAUGUGUAUAAACGUGGUAUUUCCAUUAAAAGAGGCACAAGCUGUUAAACUUA